CACCGGCAGGCAGCCCACGCUGAGGGUGUUCAUUCAGUUCCCUGAUACACACACGCUCAGGGCCAGCUGGCUCCUCUCUGCUUCCCAGCCAUGCCCGUGGACCUCAGUGGCACCUGGAACAUGGUCAGCAAUGAAAACUUCGAGGGCUACAUGCAAGCUCUAGGCAUUGACUUUGCCACACGGAAAGUAGCCAAGAUGCUGAAGCCACAGAAAGUGAUCAAACAAGAUGGCGACAGCUUCACUAUCCAUACACUCAGCACCUUCCGGAACUACCUCAUCCAGUUUAAAGUGGGAGAAGAGUUUGAUGAGGAUACCAAAGGCCUAGAUAACAGGAAAUGCAAGAGUUUGGUCACGUGGGACAAUGACAGACUCACCUGUGUCCAGAAGGGGGAAAAGACGAACCGAGGUUGGACCCACUGGAUUGAAGGGGACGAAUUAUACCUGGAAAUGUUCUGUGAAGGUCAAGUGUGCAAACAGAGAUUCCAAAGAGCCUGAGAGAGAAAACCAAGGCUGUGUCUAUACACCCACCCUGAGGAGACGGCAGCUUUCAUUGAACCAGGACCAAACAACUUUGCAAGGGCUUGUGGAGCCCAAGGCUGCCUCUUGGGCUUCUCUUCUUUUAUCAAGGAGCUUGGAUAGAAGAUCACAGCCUCCAUCUGGCCAGUUAUAAUAAACUUUUUUUAAAACCA